AUGGCUGCUUCACAGUCUCGUCAGUGGGGAAUCACUCCUCCAUUGUCAUCCGCGCUUCCUACACCCUCCGAGCUCGCAGAGAACGAUGCGUUGAUAGCAGAGCUCAAGCUACAGAAUAACUUCGAGCCGCCAUCAGAGACAGAGAAACGAAAGCAGACACUACAUCUCCUACAGCGAGUCACUAUCGAGUUCAUCAAGGUAGUAUCAAAAGAAAAGGGCCUCUCACAAGCGGCAAUCGAUGCUUCUGGUGGUAAAAUAUUCACAUACGGGAGUUAUAGGCUUGGGGUGUAUGGUCCAGGUUCUGAUAUUGACACUCUUGUUGUUGCACCGAAACAUGUAAUGAGAGAAGACUUCUUUGCACACUUUCCAGCAGUGCUUGAGAAACAUGCGCCAAAAGAUGCGAUAGAAAAAAUGACUCCCGUGCCAGACGCGUUCGUGCCUAUCAUCAAAAUCGAGAUUUCUGGCAUCAGCAUAGAUUUGAUUUUCGCACGACUCAUCGUUUCUUCAGUUCCACCGAAUCUCGAUUUGAAAAACAAAGACUUGUUGCGCGGUCUUGAUGAGAGGGAGAUACGAUGUGUCAACGGUACACGAGUGACGGAUGAGAUCUUGGAACUCGUCCCUCAACAAAAGACUUUUCGACUUGCACUUCGUGCUAUAAAGCUUUGGGCACAACGUCGAGCUAUAUAUUCGAAUAUCGUUGGCUUUCCAGGUGGUGUUGCUUGGGCCAUGUUGGUCGCAAGGGUGUGUCAGCUAUAUCCCCAAGCUACCGGAUCAGUCAUAGUUGGCAAGUUUUUCAGAAUCAUGAAUCAGUGGAGUUGGCCGCAACCGGUCUUGUUGAAGCAUAUCGAAGAUGGUCCACUUCAUAUGAAAGUGUGGAAUCCGAAGAUAUACCAUGGAGAUAGGUUCCACCUCAUGCCUAUAAUUACCCCGGCGUAUCCAUCCAUGUGUGCCACCCACAAUGUUUCAAUGUCCACCAAGGCCGUCAUACUCAGAGAGCUCAGACGCGGAGGAGACAUGGUUGACAAAAUCUUUGUCGGACAGCGUCGAUGGAGUGAUCUUUUUGCUCGACACAGCUUUUUCUCUGCUGACUACAAAUACUAUCUCAGCAUCAACUCCACUAGCACAAGCAAGGAAGCACAGGCUAUUUGGUCUGGCUUAGUUGAAUCAAAACUCAGACAUCUUGUUGGAGCACUUGACCGCAAAUCGUCUAUAGAGAUUGCCCAUCCGUUCCCCAAGGGGUUUGAGAGGGUCCACAUCUGUAAGACUGACGAAGAAGUCGAUGCAGUGAAAGCCGGCUCUAUGAAAUACCAAGCAGAUGACACCAAGACUGCUACUACCGACGAGACAAAUGAUCCAACCCACAUUGCAGCUGCUGAGAAUGCAAAUGAGAACGUGGGGAUUGCAGAAGCGGAAAAACCAACUGGAGAGAAUAAGUACACCCUUUACACCACAACUUACUAUAUCGGGCUAGAGCUUAAGCCAUUAGCACCGGGUAAGUAA